AUGCCUCAUAAGAGCAAGAAAGACAAGGAAUCCUCUAAAUCUGGAAAAUCUAAAAAGUCUGGAGGUAAAAAUGGGCCUACGGACGACAAAGAUGGCUCCAAUAAGAAAGUGCCUCCCGCAACUCAGCUGAUGAGGGUGAAGCAGCCGGGGUCACACUCGGCCAUGAAGAGAGAGAAGAGGUUCAGCACUUCCUCUUUCCCCCUCAGCGCUAACAGAGAGCUGCAGAAGCUCCUUGCACUGGCAGAUGUGGCCCCCGCAGAGCAGGAGAAGCUCUUCAUCCAGAAGCUACGACAGUGCUGCGUUCUUUUCGACUUCCUGUCUGACCCACUGAGCGACCUGAAAUGGAAGGAAGUCAAGCGGGCGGCGCUGAGCGAAAUGGUGGAGUACAUCACCCACAACAGGAAUGUCAUCACAGAGCCCAUCUACCCCGAGGUGGUGCACAUGUUUGCGGUGAACAUGUUCAGAACAUUGCCUCCAUCGUCCAACCCCACCGGGGCCGAGUUCGACCCAGAGGAGGAUGAGCCAACACUUGAGGCUGCAUGGCCGCACCUCCAGCUUGUCUAUGAAUUUUUCCUUAGGUUUUUAGAAUCGCCCGACUUUCAGCCUAACAUAGCGAAGAAAUACAUCGACCAGAAAUUUGUUAUGCAGCUCCUAGAACUAUUUGACAGUGAGGAUCCCAGAGAGAGGGACUUCCUGAAAACGACCCUUCACAGGAUUUAUGGAAAGUUCCUGGGGCUGAGAGCAUACAUCAGAAAACAGAUCAAUAACAUUUUCUAUAGGUUUAUCUAUGAGACAGAGCACCAUAAUGGUAUAGCUGAACUACUGGAAAUACUUGGAAGCAUAAUCAAUGGAUUUGCCUUACCACUAAAAGAAGAGCACAAGAUUUUCCUGUUGAAGGUUUUAUUGCCUCUGCACAAAGUCAAAUCACUCAGUGUCUACCAUCCACAGCUGGCCUACUGCGUGGUGCAGUUUUUAGAAAAAGACAGCACUCUAACUGAGCCGGUGGUAAUGGCUCUACUAAAGUACUGGCCAAAGACUCACAGUCCCAAGGAGGUGAUGUUUCUCAAUGAGCUGGAGGAGAUCCUGGAUGUCAUCGAGCCCUCUGAGUUCGUAAAAGUGCAGGAGCCUCUCUUCAGACAGCUGGCCAAGUGUGUGUCCAGCCCUCACUUCCAGGUGGCAGAGAGAGCUCUGUAUUACUGGAACAACGAGUACAUCAUGAGUCUGAUCAGCGACAACGCAGCGAAGAUCCUGCCGAUCAUGUUCCCGGCUCUGUACCGCAACUCUAAGACCCACUGGAACAAGACCAUCCACGGCCUCAUCUACAACGCUCUGAAGCUUUUCAUGGAGAUGAAUCAGAAGCUCUUUGAUGAUUGCACACAGCAGUUCAGGGCUGAGAAAAACAAAGAGAAGGCAAAGUCAAAAGAACGCGAAGAGGCUUGGGUCAAGAUUGAGAACCUCGCGAAAUCGAAUCCACAGUUCUCUAUGUAUGUUGAUUCCUCUGACCUCAAUAGUCCUGUAGCAAUGGAGACGGAUAUCCCUUUGAUAGAAGAUGUUCAGAGGUUAAAAAAGACAGUUGAGGAGGGCGCGACUCAGUUGCAGCAUGACCAGCGGAAAGAGCGGCCUAUGGUGCGACGCAAAUCUGAGUUGCCUCAGGAUAUCUACACCACAAAAGCCUUGGAGUCCCACCGCAGAGCUGAAGACAUGUUGACCACCCACGAUGGACUCUAGGUCCCGCCACCUGCCGGCUCUUUGGUCCAACUGCCCCUUCAACCCUCGACAGCCAUGGACAUCUUCUUUGCCCAGGUGCCGGAGUUUACACCGGCGACCCAAGUUGGGCUCUCCAUCCCUCCUCCUACUAUGAGUUUACCCAGAAUCCUCAGUUCUCCUUCAUUCCUGCUGCCCCAGUGCAGAACCCUGUAUCCACCUCCCUCAGAUUUCUGCUUUCUCAGGUUUUACUCUUUAUUUGGAGAAGAGCGGGAGUGUGUUUGUGUGUCUUUAGGCCCCUCGCUACAUUCAAUUUGUCCCCCCCCCCCUUUCGGUUCCUCUUACCUUCCUUUCUCCUUCCACACCCCUGUGCGCUCACUGUAAAUGUGGAACCUCGGAGUAUGGACACCGCGACGCUGGUUCCUUCAUUCCUUCUUGCAAGCAUGUUCACAAUGGAUUGAACAUAGGAACUGACUGACUCACUGUCACUCGUCUCUUGGUCUCUGCUUGGUUUUCUUUUCUGUCAAAGGGAACAAAAUCGGAACCCGUUGGUCAGAUGAAAAAGACAAGACUUUCCCGUCAUCCGUUGUGUGUCUGCUUUAUUUUUGUUUUCUUUUUUCUUUUUGCUCACUCUUAACGGACAUCUUGUCAGUGCCAACACCGUUGUGUUCUUUAUGUUUAUUUCAUGUUUGUAUCUGUGACUUUUAACAGGGACACCUGCCUUUUUGUUUUUCACUAUUGUUUGAAAGAUUUUAUUUUGUUUUUUAGUUUAGCACACCAGACCAAACUGAGGCCUGUCCUUAGCCUUGCAAUGUCCAGGAAAGAUGGCGAGGAAAGGAGAAGUUGUCCUGUGGACAUCUGACACUUUCCAUUUUAUUCUUUUGUGCCAUAUGCCGCUCUUUUAUAUGCUUGCUUCCUUAUGUUCAUUGGCAAUAUUUGAAAACCAGACCAUAGUGAUGCCUAGACAGUUCAAACAAUGGUACUCACUGCUGUUGAGUUGAGGAUGAAGCUGAAUGAAAGCUGUUUGCUACCUAGGUUGCAGUAGUAAUAUCCGGGGCCUGGGUGUAGCAGGAGGGGCCCUCAGUUGCUUAUAAGGGCAGCAUACUGAAUGAAAAUGAGGAGAUCGGCUGCGGGGUGUUGAGGGUUGAGUGGUGGGUUUUAUAGAUAUAUACAUAUAUAAAUACACCCCUAUUUAUUUUAUAGAAUCCCUAUGUCUUUUACUGUAAAAUAAAUGGGGAUUAUUAUCUUUGUAAAAGAAAUAUAAUCAGAAAUAUACAUUUUGCUGAGUGGCAGAGGAGGCACAGAGGACGUACACUCUGCUCACUGACGAUUUUUAGCAGCCGUUACUACAAUAGGACCUUUCAUGCUUGUAUUGUUUAUUGUUUUUGUUUUUUUUAAGUAAAGAGCAUGAAAGUGUUGGUACUGUAUGCUUUAAAGAUUUUACAAUAGAAAUUAAUUUAUUAUCAAACAUACAAGUAGCUAUUAACAUAUUGACAUCAAAAGAUUAACACACAAAUGACUUGAGAGCUACCAAAACUCCCUUUUUAAAAAAAAAACAAAAAAAACAAAAAGGUGUGUUGUGGCCAUCCGUAACUUCAGGUGUCUGGUUUGCGGGUUUUUGUUUAUUGUGUUGUUAAAGUCAGAACCCUCUUCCAGUCAGUACCAUUGUUUAAACUAAGGAGGUCUGCUAGAGUUCUUCAUAUUUGAUGUGUUGUAUUUUUUUGUCUUGUCUCUGGAGGUUGGUAGCGUGGAUGUCAGGUUUCUUUUUUUGGAUUUUCUUUCGUUCUGGCCGUUCAGGAUGCCCAACGCUGAAACACACUGGUAUCAGAUGGCCACAAAAAUGCCAGAUGCUGAAAAAUAAAACUGACAUUGUGACUUGGCUUGUUAACUGUAUUAAUACUGUAUUUGCUUGAAUGCAAAAAGAUGUAAAUUAAAACUACCAUGUUAAACAUGUACCUUUUACCCUGGAGGAAUGCCAUUCACCAAACUGAUUGAUUUCUGUUGUCGAGGUCAUUGCGUUUAUGAAACAGUCCCGCUUGCUGGGAGAGAUGUUUUAUGGAUUUUAUGAGUUUAUGAGUCAAGAGAUGUUUGAGGUUUAUUUUAGUGCUGAUAAACGAGUCACCUGUGAUUAAAAAAAAAAAAAAGAAAGAAAAGAGAUGAUUUAAAAAUGAUUUGGUGGCUUGUUCUGUUUCUGCAGGAUCUUUGCAGAUCUUUUAAUUUUAACAUAUUAUUUCCAAAACAUGAUAACUUAAAGUGUCCUUUUGUAUGUGACCUGUACUAUAUGAUUCAUUUAAUAUUGUAUAUAUGAGUUACCUUGUUUCAUGUAGUGUUAUAUCUAGAUUAAUUUUGUACAAAUUGUCCCUCUGUACAGAAUAAAAACAUCAAUAGCAAGUGAAAGAAGUCAAUCUGGCACAUACCGUCUUAUUUCUUCUGUUCUGGAUGUACUUGCAGCGACACAAGGAUUUUAGAAAAUGUUCUUAUUUUUCUGAUUAAAAUCUGCAAAGUUUCUUCCCUCCUCUAUAUAACUGACAAAUGUUCAUGCCCGUUGUGUGCUCCUAUCACUGUCUUUAGUGGUGUACAACUAUAUAGAAUGAAUAAAGAGAUUAUUUGAAUAUAUA